AUGGCUCGUACUAAGCAGACAGCACGUAAAUCUACCGGAGGAAAGGCUCCUCGUAAGCAAUUGGCCACCAAGGCUGCCCGUAAAUCGGCUCCAGCUACUGGAGGAGUCAAGAAGCCUCACAGAUACCGCCCAGGAACUGUCGCUCUUCGUGAAAUCCGUCGUUACCAAAAAUCCACUGAGCUUCUCAUCCGCAAAUUGCCAUUCCAGCGUUUGGUAAGAGAAAUCGCUCAGGAUUUCAAGACAGAUCUCCGUUUCCAAUCUUCCGCUGUCAUGGCUCUUCAAGAGGCUGCUGAGGCUUACCUUGUCGGUCUUUUCGAAGAUACCAACUUGUGCGCCAUCCACGCCAAGCGUGUUACCAUCAUGCCAAAGGACAUCCAAUUGGCCAGACGCAUCCGUGGAGAACGUGCUUAA